AUGGAUGAGGAAUACGAUGUUGUCGUUCUUGGCACUGGCCUGACCGAGUGUGUUCUGUCUGGAAUUCUGUCUGUCGAGGGCAAGAAGGUCCUGCACAUGGACCGCAACGACUACUAUGGCGGCGACUGCGCCAGCCUGAACCUGACCCAGCUCUACGCCAAGUUCCGUGAUGGCGCCACGCCGCCCGAGUCGCUGGGCCGUGACCGCGACUACAACAUCGACCUGAUUCCGAAAUUCCUGAUGGCGGAUGAGGGUCUGGUGAAGGUUCUUGUGUACACUGACGUGACCCGGUACCUUGAGUUCAAGCAGAUCUCGGCGUCGCUGGUGUACCGCGACGGCAAAAUCAACAAGGUGCCGGCCACGGAGAUGGAGGCGGGGCUGGACCUGGACCGGGACUCGAUGGAGACCGUCUACAAGCACUUUGGCCUGGACAGCGGCACCCAGGACUUCAUUGGCCAUGCGAUGGCGCUGUAUCUGAACGACGACUACAUGACGAAGCCGGCGCGCCUGACCUGCGACCGCAUUGUGCUCUACACGAACUCGGUCGCGCGCUACGGCAAGUCGCCCUACAUCUACCCGGGCUACGGCCUGGGCGAGCUGCCCCAGGGCUUUGCGCGUCUGAGCGCCAUCUACGGCGGCACCUACAUGCUGGCCCAGCCUGUGGACGAGGUCGUGCGUGACGACGCAGGCAAGUUUGUCGGCGUGCGGUCCGGCGACCAGACCGUCAAGGCGAAGCAGGUCAUUGGCGACCCGUCCUACUUCCGCGACAGCGUGCGCAAGACCGGCCGCGUCAUCCGCGCCACGUGCUUCCUCAAGCACCCAAUCGCAAACAUCAACGAUGCUGACUCGGCCCAGAUCAUCCUGCCGCAGAACCAGGUCGGCCGCAAGCACGACAUCUACAUCACCUACCUGUCGGCUGGCCACAACGUGUGCCCCAAGGACUACUACGUGGCCUCCAUCGCCACCAUUGCCGAGACUGCGGAGGACCCGAAGGACGAGAUUGCUGCUGCCCUCAAGCUGCUGGGCGAGAUCGACCAGAUCUUUGUCGCCGUGUCCGACCUCUACGAGCCCGUGGCCGACGGCUCCGCGGACAAUGUCUUUGUCAGCCGCUCCUACGACGCCACCUCGCACUUUGAGACCGUCUACGACGACAUCCGCGACAUCUACCGUCGCGUUACCGGCAACGAGCUGGCGCUGAAGAAGCGCCCCACUGCUGAGGAGGAGCAGGCCGCCGCCAUGGGAGGCCAGUAA